AGCUUGUUCCACUUUCUCACUUCAGGCUUGCUGGGGAAUCUGCGAGCGACCCACCUUCCUCUGCAUCUUCUUCAUCGCGCCCAUUAACUUGGCCAUGCCACCGAGGGGAGGGGUGAGACCGCUGCUCCGAGGUGACUCAUCUCUGCCUCAUCUCGCAGCUGCAUUUGACUGCCAUUCCGGUCAUAUGCAUCCGGGUCACAACACACCGCUGUCUUACCUCGCAGCUGCUUCCGCACUGUCGGCGCAUUACUAUAAUUAGGCAUCUUCGACCUCUCUGCUCCCACGGAUCCGACCGGUUCGCUCAAGCUCUCGCCCGUUUCCACUCCUCGGAAGAGAGAGUGUAGGAGGAGCAGCAGGAGGAGCAGGAGAAGAGAAGAAACACGAAGACAGGAAGACAAGGGGGAGAGGAGGAAGAAGAAGAGAGAGGGUAAGGAAAGAGCACAGGAGACUAUCUCGGGGAAAGAGAGCGAUGGAGCGUAGGAGACAACUGGGCACGCUGUCGCCUCUGGCACGGGGUCAGGUGAUGGCAUUCGUGGUGGGGUCCAUUGUGUUGAGUUUGGCAUCCAUGCCUCAGGUUCGCGCGGGCAAGGGAGGAGAGGGAGGAGGAGAUGCCCUGGCCGAGCUGAGGAGCUUCUUCGGACCGGAGGGGGGCCGGUCUCUGCGGAGCGACAUGAACCCAGAACGGCGGUUGAGAGCGGCUAUGGCCGACGGCACAACAAGUCUAUACGAGCUGACCGCAGACGUUACGCUCACGAGCUCUCUUCCUCCCUUGAGCAAAGACUUCGCUGUGACGGGAAAGUGCGCAGGCAGGCGCUGUGUGAUCAACGGCGGGGGCAAGUUCCGCGGCUUCGUCGCUCAGUCUGCGUCUCUGUCGCUGUCUGGCCUGGAUCUGGUGGGGAUGAAGACAGUCGGAAAGGGCGUGAACGCGUUCGAGUACGACACCAGCGGCGGAGCCGUCUACGUGAGGGACGGGGUCCUCACGGUGAAGAACUGCGUGUUUCGCCGGAACAAGGCGAAGAAGGCCAUGGGCGGCGGCGCCAUAGCCAUGCUAGACACGCGCUUCCUCAUCUCCGACAGCGAGCUCACGGGCAACAGCGUGGACGGAUCGGGAGGCGCCAUCGCCGCGUGGAGCAACAGCUACGGCGAGCUCAGGCGGACCAAGCUGUCGGGCAACAAGGCGGGCUAUUACGGAGGCGCGGCGAACUUCAGAGAAGCCGGCGCCAAGAUCACGGAGUGCGAAUUCUCGGGCAACCACGCGGGAAAGAACGGAGGAGCGCUGUUGCUGAGCGAAGCAGGCGGCACCGUCAUAGCCAGCUCACGCUUCGAACGCAACUCCGCUCCCAAGGGGCUGGGAGGUGCCCUUCGCGUUAUCGCCAAUGAUGACGGGCCUACAGUGUGCGCCUCCACGACCUUCACCAACAACUCAGCCAAGGACAAGACCACCAGCGACACCUCCGUCGAAGGGGGCGAGACAACCUUCUGCCCCGCACCUCCCGCCCCGGGCCCAUCCGCCUGUUCCGCGUGCAAAUAACCAAGUUUUAAUUCAGUUUAACUCUCUCUCCCUCUGUCUCUCUCUCUCUCUGAGACUCUCUCUCUCCCUGCGACUCUCUCUCUCUCUCUCUCUCUCUCUCUCUCUCUCUCUCUCUCUCUCUCUCUCUCUCUCUCUCUCUCUCUCUCUUCGUCUGUGUGCUUUGAAUAAGUUAGAAAAAAAAGCUACGGACGAGGAGCUACCAUACCAGAUGUUGUCUACUAUUCGGAUGGUGCUCACGCGUGGGGAGGGCUCGAACUUGAGACGUCUGGGAGAUCCGGCAGAAAGGCUUUUUUUUUUUUUUCCGACCAAAGAUCCAGCAGACGACACGAAUAGCCACUGGAACAUGAGAGGGACACUUGGUCGCGGAGGCUGCACGUGUUCGCAGAGGCAUUAUCCACAACAGAGAUCACGUGAACGUGAGCGUUGAGCACCGGCAUUGUGUUUUAUCUUUCAUCUUUUGUUUUCCUGUUUGUUUCGGAGUAUCGUUUGCGAGUUUGUGUUUCGGAUUUUUAUCUUGUUUUCGAAUUUACUAUUCUAUCACACCUAUCUGCUGCUUUUGUUGAAACACGCGCUUUCCUUUUAAGGAAUUUUGAAGACGUACCAGACACGCAUUUUGGCUGAAGGGUGAUAUCUAAGGAGAAUGACGUAGACGAUCAGUACGUACACGAGAAAAUGGAGACGACAUUGUGGCAGACGGAUCUGACCGUAAUAGCGAGCACAUUCAUGGGUGUACAGGCAUAGUACGUAGAUGAUUGAGAGGAAUAGGACAGUUCCUUCCGUAGGACGACGCAUGCCUACAACGACGGGCGGCAAGGCGGAGAGCCUCUCGUUUUGGCAGUAGUACUCCUUACGAGUGCACCUUCCUCUGAUGAGUCCGCCAGUGGACUAGACGAAACUAGUUGGAGGAUUCUACUUUGCCUCGAACAUGGGAAGUAGAAGCUAUGAUGUUGCACGAGUGUUAAGCUUACGCUUGAGGGUGAACGCUGCAUGAUGUGGGAGCUCUCUGGGCCAUUUUGAAAACUUUUAUGCAGUUCUGUGCGUUUCCUUUCGACUCUUGAGACUCU